AUGUUACUCAACAAUCAAGUGCCAUCGGGCGAAUAUCGACAUAAUUUUGUUCGAUUGAUAUUUCUUAUUGGUUCGGUCAUUUUCUUUAUCGGCUUUAUUUUUGUCGAUCAACUAUUCGAACAAGGAAACACAGUAUUAAAAUAUUCAGGAGUGUUAGUAAAUAGAACGUAUCGUGUUGAACAAUUAUAUCCUAAUGAUAUCACACCAUCUAAUUGGGUUUAUCGCAGUUUGGAUGUAUUUAAUUAUUUCUGGCAGCUUGCUUGGUUAUUGUACUCGUUGAGUUUCAUCUUCCGUCGUUCGGCAACUGGUUAUCUUUAUUUAUCACCGAAUACAUUAACACCAACAUUUUCCAUUGUUUACGUUUUGGGUUUUCUGAUACAAACAAUAUGGCUUUUAUUUUUUCAAAAAAAUUAUACAAUUUGGAGUUGGAUUAUUUAUCUAGUCUCAUUUUUACUAUUAUCACUUGCUUUAUUUAUUAUUAAUAAUAAUUUAGCAGUAAAUAAGAAAAUCUAUGAAACUGAAGGAUUUGAUCGAGAUGUUUGGUGUCUUCGAUUUUUUGCCCAAAAUGGUGUUGCAUUCUUUGCCUGUUGGGCAGCCGUUCGUUUUGUUCUUACGUUCGACAUAUUUCUUCAAGUUCAAUGCAACUUAUCGGUUCUAAAUGCUGGCACAAUAUGCUUAAGUUUGGCAGCGGUCUUAGCUGGUGGAUUCUUUUUUGGAACAAAUUUUAAUGCAGCACUUGUUGAACGAUGUGCCUAUCAAUUUUCGCCAUGGGUGAUAUUCAUUAUAUUCUUUUGGGGGGUUGUUGAAAACAAUUGGAUAUCAAAAGAUAUUACAAGAAACAAUAUUAUUGCUGGUGUUGAAUUAUUAGUUAGUUUAGUAUCAGCUGUUUUGGCAUUAGCUCUCUUUACAAUGCGUUAUCGGGCUUCAAAAAUUGAUCCAAUCGCCUAA